CUGUACAUCCAGUCAUCAGCGCCUAAGACACCCAGCAGGAGCAGCUCGUACAACCCUUGUCUAGUCUUCUGUCCAUUUCACCAAGAUAAAAUUUGAGUGAUUUUUUUUUUUUGUAUUUUUUUGCAACUGGAUGAUAUUAUCCCAUUGCACGUUGCUAGGUGACGUCAAUGUGACAAUAGAGGAAGAUCCACACAUCAAUAUCCUGACAUCAACGUGAAAACAGAGAAAGAUCCACUCAUCAAUAUCCUGACAUCAGUGCUGGUGUAGGAAGAAAUCCAAAUCCACAACUGAUGAAUUGUGCUUUGGUGCCUUCAACUUAACCAUAGAAAGGCAUUAAUACGACCACAACCAGAUCAUCACAGUCAACCAAGUACGAUGGGGAUGAUGUCAACGCGAGAAUAGAGAGAGAGAGAAUUCAACGCCUUCUGCCCAGUUAGAUAUACAGUACGUGUCCAACAGAGUGAAGAUCGGAGUUACUGUACAUCCACUGUACUAGAUCAUUGCCCGCUGUUGGUGACUUCAACGCCAUCCAAGAUAAAAAUCCACUCCCUCCUUCCCCCUUCGCUCCCCAGUCAUUGAGUUGACGUGUAGUUGACGUGUGGUUGUGAAGAAUGACGCCUGUGUUAAGAAUGAGACACAAUGAACCAACGGGUGUGAAGAAGACACUGAGUUACCUGACUUUUGUUAAUGGGUGUGUGCUGCUGCUGCUUGUUUGUCUUACACCAGCGGCGGGGGACGCUCCUACACCCGUCGGAGACUCUUCAGCCCCACCAGGUCCUCAAUGUCUUCACGACGACCCUCGCUGUCCAUCCUCCUCCUCUUCUAUCAACGACUCCAUAAGGAACCCUGACAAGGACGCCGAGGAAGGACCUUCUCACACGGAAACCGACUCACCUCAAGAUGGAGACGAGCCCGAGUUGAUGAAUUUUAUAAAUGUUGAUAAAAGAACAAUGGAAUACGAACACGAGGAGAUACAGGAUUCACCUGACGAAGUAGAACGAGUACUCAGUUGCAUCUUCACUUCUGUACCGUUCAUUGGAGGCAAAUGGUUGGAGAAAAUAGUUCGUAAUAGCUACUCGGACGCGACGUUACUGGAGGCCAGCCAUAGAUUCCUUGAUGGAGGAGAAUUCCUGUCAAAAUUUAUCAGCCUUGGGACAAGUUCACCGGCAGGAAAGAUGCUUGAAAUUGUCAGCAGUUGUUUCGAAGAUGAUGAAAUGGUUGACUACAAAGGAGAAUAUCUCUCAGGAUACUACCAAGAUGAAGAUGAGCCCCAAAAUCCAUACCAAAAUCCCAUUCCGGUCCCAGACAGAAACAGCAGACCAGAAAGAACUCAAUACGACCUCCCUGGUGCCCCAACAUCGUCCCCCCUGCAACACACUCGAAGAAAACGGAGACUUGCUAGAACUUUUGGGGCAGACUCGCUUUUAGGGUUUAACUUGUUGGGUACGCUAGUGGUCUGCUCCCUGGUGGUAUACCUCGUCUAUCUGUUGGUUUAAAUCUGUCAUUCUGUUUUUGUAGAGUAUGUAUGGCAACUAAUUGAUGUUUAUUGACUUUAUUAAAAUCAUACACUUAUC